AUGCGGUACGGUCAGCUGACUGCAGACUUACAGGAUGAAGUCGCUCGGUACACACGUCAAGUGUCCAGUGCACCUCUUCUGCAGCGUGACCAACAUGUGUCAUGGUUGAGACGACUCGAGGACAAGCUACGCGGGAUCUACUCGGCUAUCACGUGCAGCCGUAGUUCCGACGUCGUUCAGCACCACCUCCUUCCACCGCGACCCUCCACACAGCAGCAGCGACGGCCACAUCUCACACCGACCGUGACACCCAGACCACCGCCUCCUGGCCGGGCAGGAGGUUCGUCGUGGCAGCAGCACACUCCUUCCGUCGACGACUAUCAGUACCAGCAACACGGAUCACGGCCUCGUAUCACGCCGACGGCGACACCCAGACCACCACCUCCUGACCAGGCAGGAGGUUCGUCGUGGCAGCAGCAUCACACUCCUUCCUUCGACGACUUGCAGUACCAUCAGCAGCAAGCUGCUUUCGACCAGUGGCAGCAGCAGCAAGCCCCUUUCAUGGGAGGAGCAGGAUACACACAGGGAUACACGCAGCACACUGCGUCCAAUCCUUCAUGGGGAGCUAGUGAUCAGGAUCCUGAGCACAUGGAGUAUUACAGCACGCAGCAGAACUAUGUCGGUAUGCAGACUCCUCCACCGAGCCCACACGGAGAGACACGAGCACGUGGUGAUUUCACAAGACCCAAUAAAGAGGACAUGAUGAUCCUCACAGAGGAUGUGUUCCUAAAUAGCAACAUCCGUCCAAAUUUGGGCACCCUUCUCAUCAUCUACCCGAACCACCAAGAACUUGAAGCUCGGGGCCCCAUAUGUGGAGGGAGAGUCAUCACCAUCUUGCCAAGAGGACUUAACAUUAAUGACAUGUACGCGCUCAAAGGAAGCAUUGAGAACCUGAUCAACCUCGCCAUCAACCUUCGAGACCCCACCAACGAUCUCACUUUCGAGUUCACUCAUUGGAGCGGCUAA